UCCGAUUUUCUUAUACAGAACUAAAUUUAGUUUUCUGUGCUUAUUUGCAUUGUAAUUUACGUUCCAGCGAGUAUUCUGGAAAUAUUUUUUCUCGUUGGUUCUGCUUUGUAGAUAUUGAAAAAGUCUUGAAAAAAUGAGCUGUCCGAUAGAUCGAGAGAGCUUGGAAAAGCUUAAACAAUUUCUAACGUUUGUCAAAGCGCAACCGGCGUUACUGAAUUUACCUCAGCUUGGAUUCUUCAAGUCCUUUAUCGAAUCUUUCGGCGGAAAGGUUCCCGAAGCCAAAAUGCAACCGGAGUUUAAAGCAGAUUCGGCUCCAGACUUGAAAGACUCCGAUGAGGCAUUCGAAUCCGAUGCAGAAUCGGAGCUAGAAUUAGAUAUGGAUGGAUGUGUUGAACCUGAUAAGCUCAGUGAUGAUCAGAAAAUGGGUGAUCCGUCCAUAGAAGAAGUAUCUGAAGAAAAUAGCGAUAAGGCAGAUAGUCUGCGUCAGGAGGCGAUGGCCCAGCUUGGUGAGGGUAACUUGGAGAAAGCCAUAGAGCUAUUCACGGAAGCGAUCGAAUUGAAUCCCAACAGCGCAGUGCUGUUUGUAAAACGUGGUCAAACGUAUUUGAAGCUUACAAAACCGAACGCAUGCAUCAAGGACUGUUCUAGAGCCCUAGAAUUAAACCCGGAUUCGGCCGCCUCCUACAAGUUCCGAGGUCGGGCCUACAGAUUGUUGGGUGAGUGGGAACUUGCUGCUAAAGAUCUGCGACAGGCUUGCGUAAUCGACAUGGACGAACAGACGGACGAGUGGCUGAAAGAAGUGACGCCCAAUGCGAAAAAGAUCGAGGAGCACCUAUUGAAAAAGGAGCGCAAGAAGAAAGACAAGGAAGAAAGGGAGAGGUUGGAGAGGAUUCGAAAGGCUAGGGAGGCCCACGCUAAAGCCUCCGCGCCCGGCGAGCCGUCGGAAGCAGGCGGUGCGCCGCCCAGCUGGGCCGGUGGCGUCCCCGGGAUGGAAAACUUCUUCAAGUUGAUGCAGGACCCCGAAGUCUCGGCUUUGGUGCAGGAUCCGGAGGUGUUCCAGGCGUUCCAAGACAUUUUGAAAAAUCCGGCCAACCAGUCCAAGUACGAGUCAAACCCGAAGUUCGUCGCGCUCAAGAAAAUCAUCGAAACCAAGUUCGGCGGGGGGCUUUUCGGUGCGGCCCCGCCGCAGCCCCAGGGCGACGAUCUGGAUUAGGAGGUUUCCCGUUAUUUUUUCAACAUUCUCCAAUCCAUAUAAAUUAUAGGGAAAACGGUCUUUUGUCGCUCAACGAAAGGCAGUUUUUAGGUUACGGUCACUUUUUCUCGCAACUCUCCGUUACAUUGAUUCGGACGAACCAUUUCUCUAACGGCUUUAUUAAUCAAAUAUAUAGAAAUAAAGGCUGAGUUAGAUAUAGGUCUUAAGGACUUUUAUAUAAAUAUACACUUUAAGGGUUGCAGUCGUCAAAUUUUCAGUGUUUCGUAGAUGAUAUAACAAAUACACGUUGUUAAGGUA